AUGGAUACUAUACAAGGGGUAUUAUUAUUAGGUGAAUUAUAUGUUAAUAGUUCGCUCAAAACAGAAAACUUUACCUUCGCUAUGGUGAAAUGGUAUGAUUAUUGUGAACCAAAAGAGAAUGAUCCUGAACCAACGGAGAUUUAUGGUUGCCCUAGACUAACAAUGCUUCAAGAUUAUAAUAUAGUACCAUUAGAUUCUAUAUCUCAUGCUGUUCACAUUAUUCCAAGAUUUCAUAAAGAAAAUCAAUUUUUAGUGAAUAGAUAUCUUUUUUAG